AUUCAAUGACUGUUGUCAUCAUGGUGAAGUAAAAUUAGAUCCUUUACCUGAAUUUCCUGUCGAUUUAAAAUUAUUAUUUGAAGUGCUCAAAGGAGAGGCCCAUAUUGUUUCAAAAUACAGGGACAAGUUUACUAUCAAAUGAAUACAUCACUUUAUCCUCCUUCCGAUGAAUCACCAAGUUAUGGCCAACUGUUUAUAGUUGAUUCUGCGGAAGCCGCAGACUUUCGAGUUCAGAGAAAUGUAAAUUGUGAUAAAGAACUUUUAUUACUUAUUGACAGAAUAUUACGUCAACACAAUCAAUUUUCUAUGUCUUAUAUAAUGAUGAAAGACAUACUACAAACAGAAUCGAUAAUUGAUGCAAGUGGUAAUACUAUUGAACCUGAAUUGAAUUUGUUAUUCACAUUAAAACCUGGUAUGGACAUUCGACGUUACAACUAUCAAAGAGCAAAUGAAGUUGCCGCGGUAUUUUUAACGACAGCUGAUGGUGAUAUACCUGAAUCAUAUGUGACUGUUCAAAAUAAAAAUACCAAAACUUUUCAACGAUUAAGUAUUAUGGAUCCUAAUACUGAACCAUGGAUAUAUCCUUUAUUUUAUCCACAUGGCAAUCAAGGUUGGCAUGAUUCUAUAAAACGUGUAAUUCAUACAAAUCGAAGAGUAACUCGAAAGAUUAUUACAAAUAUAAAUUGGCUAUUAGAGAUGACUUUAAUCCUUUUCUCAUGGGCAGGCGAUUAACACAACAGUGGGUUGUCGAUAGUUAUGUAAAAAUUGAAAAAGAUAGAUUAAAUUAUUGUAAAUAUAAUCAGAAAAAGUUACGUGCAGAAUCAUAUCAAGGAUUAUUGGAUCAUUUGCAAUCUCAAGUUGACAACAACUCAAAUAACAAAAUAGGCAAAAUUAUUAUUUUACCAUCAACCUUUACCGGCUCUCCAAGAAAUAUGGUACAACAUUAUCAGGAUGCAAUGUCUAUCGUUAGAAAAUUUCAAAAACCAGAUUUAUUUAUUACAAUGACAUGCAAUCCAAAAUGGCGCGAGAUUUCAGAAAAUUUACUGCCAGGACAAACAGCAUCUGAUAGACCUGAUUUAGUAGCUCGUGUAUUUUGUAUAAAAAAAGAUAUU